AUGACAACAUCAUCAGUUAUGAUGUUAAGUAAUGUAUCAAUGGAACGUCUUUAUUUAUCUCAACCACCAGCAUGGAAUGAUUUACAACGUUUACCAUUUUCUUUAAAUCAACAACAACAAGAUAUUCGUUCAAAUCAACAAAUUAUUCGUACAUGUUAUGAUAAACUUCUUCAUCAUAUGUAUGAUAUUAAUUCAUCAUCAAAAACAACAAUAAAUCAAAUACAUGAACAAUUAGAAUUAGCUGCUGAAUAUUGUCAAUUAAAAACUUUCGAAGAUGCUAAUAAGAUGUAUUUACAUUCAGAUCAAUUUUUUGUUUGUAUUGAAUUUGAUUCUUUAACACAUUUACCUAUUAAUGUUCUAAUGCGUUUUACAUAUGAACAACAAACAAAUGAAGAACCUUUGACAUGUCCAAGAAUGUUAAAAGCUUUAAAUGAAAAACAAUAUAAAUUAUUUCGUGAACAUUUAAAUGGUUAUGCAAGUUUAUUUACAUUAACAGCACCAAAUAUGAAUAAUGAUAAAAGAAUUGGUUAUACAGCUUAUAAAAUACUUCAACAAGAUUUAGAACGUUUAUCAAAAACAGAUAUAUAUGGAAAAUUAUUAGAAGGUUUUCAACCAGUUUGUGAAGGUUUACCUAUGCGUAUUAAAUUUAAUGAUCAAUUAAAAAAUGAUUCAUUAUUACCAAAUAAUGUUCGUAUAAUAAUUGUUCCAAGUACAACUCAACAUUAUUUACCAAUGAAAUCAAGUAUAUAUAUGGAUGAAAAAACCAAUACAAUACAAUUUGAUACAUCUCUAAAAUCAAAUCUUCUUGCAACAGGUCAUUUUGCAAUUGAAUUUGAUGAAAAACAAUCACCAUUUAUAUUACUUUUAUCAUAUGCACAAGAAAUAAGUCAUUUAACAAAUAUAAAUAAUUUUUAUACAAAUACAAAAACAUUUAAUUAUCUUUCAACAAUAUUACCUAAAACAAAAUUACUUAAUCAAUAUCAAUGGUAUAUAUCACAUGAUCAAACAUCAAUUGAAAUACGUCGUAUACCGUUUACAAAUCUUAAACAAUUAAUACAUAUAUUAAAUAUUAUACGACAACAAAUUUAUUUAACAAAAUAUUUUAAUUAUUAUUUUAAUUAUAAUUAUGAAUAUGAACAUAUGGAUGAUGAUAAUCAUCAUGAUAUAUAUCUUGAAUUAUCAUUUUUAUCAUCAACUAUAUUAUCAAUAACAUGUGCACAAUCAUAUCAUUUAUUAACAUUUUUACUUCAAAUGUCAAAUAUAAAUACAUUACCAUUAUUAAUUAAUCGACAACAACAAAAAGAAAUUUAUUUAACAAAUGAUAGAAAUUCAUUAUUAAAUAUAAUUGAAAAAUUUCUUAAAGAAGAUUAUACUAAACAAUAUUUAUCAAUAACAAAUAAUGAUACUAAUACUAAUACUAAUAUCAAUAAUAAUAAACAAAUUAAUCGUACACAAGAAUCUUUAAUAAAUGUAACAAAAUUAAAUCGUCGUUUAUCAUGUGGUCCACCAGCAAAAUUAACAUGGCGACGUGCAACAACAUUACGUCGUAAUCAACCAGCUUGUGUAACAUUAAUAUCAAUGGAUAAUAAUCAAGAGAAAAUUGAUGAUGAACAAAUAAUUGAUGAUGAUAUUCAUCAAAAUAUAAUUAAUGAACCAUUUGAUAAUGAUGAUAAUGAUGCAUUUAUUAAUUCACCUGAUCAACAACAACAACAAAAUCAUCCACAAUUAUUACCAAAACCAUCAUCAAAUACUUAUACAUCAACAUUAAGUCGUGGUACAUCAGUAUCAUCAACACAAUCUGUUUCAACACCACCUAUAUUUGGUUUAACACCAUCAACACCUUAUCCUGGUGGACGAAAUAAUCCAAAUGGAAAUAUUUUUUUUCCAUUAGGCAAACAAGUAUCUGUACCAGAUUAUAGUCCAGUUAGUUCACCAUUGAUCAUGGGUGCAUUUGAUCCAUCAGCUUUUUUUCCAACAAAUUCAGCAACAUCAUCAAAUCUUAUGCCACCAACAGAUACAAAUAAUAAAACGCAACAAAAAAAGAAACGAAGAAGAUCAGAACAUUCAACUGAUGAUUUUAUGCAUACAUUAAAUAAUACAUCUAAUGAUAAUCGUUCACCAUUGCAUGCAACAAAAUUAACAACAUCAAAUAGUGGUGAAUCAUCGACUAUAAAACGAGGUAAAAAACCAAUGGAUAAAAGUCUUCAACAAACACAACAACAACAACAGCAGCAGCAACCACAAAUUGUUCGACAAAAAUCAUCAUUUAAAGUAUCAGAUUCACCAACAGCUAGUUUACUACCUCAACAAUCAUUAACAUCAUCAGAUGAUACAUCAAAUGAAUUAAAACCAUUAAAAGUUGUUAUUAAACGUUUUGGUGAUAGUGGAACUGCUUCAAAUGAUGAUUCGCAACAACAAUCAAUAAAACAACGGAAAAAACAACAACAACAGCAACAGCAUAUGGCAAAUCCAAGUCUAUCUUUACCAACAACAAUGAGAAAAUUAUCAAAUAAUAAUAUAACAAGUGGACCAUCACCAUCUGUUAUAAUUAAAAGUGAAAGUCUUGAUAUGUCACAAUUAAAUGUCGAUCCAAGCGCAAAUGCAUUAAUGGCACUUAAUGAUGGAAUACAACAAACACCACGUGAACGACCACGUCCACCAUCAUCUCAAUCAAAUACAUCAACACCUCUUUCAUCAUCAGCAUCAUCUCAAUCACGAUCAGCUCCACCACAACCACCAAUUGUGUUAAAAAUUCAACGAAGUAAAGUUUAUUCUGGACAAGAUCAAUCUUCAUCAUCAUCAUCAUCAACAACAACAGCACCAACAGCAACAACAACACCAACAUCAGCACCACCAUCAAAUAAUAUACCAUCAUCAAUUAAAGAAGCACUGAAACAACGUACCCGUGCAAUACCAUCGGGAACAAAUACUAAUAAACAAAGUGUUACAUCUCCACCACUUCUUGCUGCUAAACUUACAAGUCCAUCAACAGGAACAACAAAUAAUCCGUUAGCACCAACAACUCCUGUUAAUUCAUUAUUUCGUAUUCCAAGAAAAUCAUCAUCACAAGAAGUAACAACAAAACCAAAAACUGAACCUACUACUACUACUACAAAUACAAGUUCAAGUCCUGUUCUAUCAAAAGCUCCACUAUUACCAACACCAAGUAUUCGACCAUCACCACCACCAUCACAAAUCGGUAGUUGGCAAUCACCACCGACUCAACAACCAUCACGUUUCCAUCAAAAUCGACCUCGGUCAUCAUGGUCUCAACAACAACCAGCACGUGGACGUGCACCUGUAACACCACCCAAUGUAUCUGCACUUAACAGUGGUCAUUCAUCAUUACCAAAUUUUUCUCAACAACCACGAUCAAUUCUUAAAAAACCAUCAUCAAAUGAUAAUUCAACAUCAGAUUUACUUUAUAUGCCGUCAUCUGAUUUACCAGGUUUAAAUGAGCAACGAUCGGGCACAAAUUUUGCAACACCUCUACCACCACCAUCUCGCGCAUCUACAUCACCUGGCAUGUAUGAUGAUAAUGAUGAUGAUUCAUCACCACAGGCACAAUUGGUUAUUGAUACAAGUAGUAAUCCGACGAAUAAUGUUCUUUUACCAUAUACGAUCGUACCUGGUUCAAGUUCUUCAUCAACAAUGGAUAAUUUUGAUCAAACACAUGAGAAUACUUCAAUGAUUAAUUCGUCUCAACAACAACAUCUUGGUGAUGAUUCAUUUUCUAAUUUAGACUGA